UAAAAAUAUCUCUUUUCCCGAUAUUUUUUUUACAGAAUUUUCAUUGUUAAAUCCUAAAUUCUUUUCCGGUAUGUACUAACUCUCGUUGCUCUAUGUUGGCGAUACUUUUAGCGACAAUACCGACUAUUGUAAUUAUAUGGUUAUGUUUUUUAGACCUGGGAAUGGCAGGGGUCAUUUGCUUCUCGAAUUUGUAAUUUACUGUGUUUGUGAAUUGGGUAUGGACUGUCACAUGUAUUUGUGAAAUUAUUUUUAAGUUUGUGAGGACUGUGCUUGCAUUUGGGCCAUUGUCAACGGCAUGUAUUUCUCUUCUUGUUCAUUUAUUUACUCCUCUCGGUCUUGCAGGUGUUUUAAUAUAUUACUAUGGAUUCAAGAGAAAGGAAGAGGUUGCGUGUAAAUAAGCGCCGACAUGAUCGCUACGCCUCCACGAAGCGUGCGUGCUCGGCUGCUCAGUCCAAAUCCUUUACUCUCUUCUCCUCUUGCUUCUUCUUCGUCGGCUCUGGGCGAUGAUGUUCCUGAUUCAGUAGAAAGGAAGAAAAGGUUACGUAGCGUGCUCACCUGUUGGCUCCACCUCCUCUGGUCCCUUCUCCUCUUGCGUCUUCUUCCUCUAUUUUCGGCAACGACAACUUGGGUUCCAAUCAUUUUUUCUACAAUUUUCUUGAUUCGUUUACUUUUUGUAAGUUCGUUUAACUCUUUCUGUUGCCCUUUUUUUGUUAACGGGUGCAAUGCUAUUUAAACAGCCUAUUUCUCAUUAUUGAAUAUUUUUCUUUCGCUUUAUACGCCGCUUUCUACUGCAUUUUGUACCGUUUUGUUGUUAUUUAUUAAAAUUUCUUUC